AGAGUUACUCUACUGUGCGGCCUGGGUCGAAGGUUGUCCAGUCAUGUGACGAGACAUCUAUAUCCACAUUCAAGAAGUGAAAGCUUUAUAUGAUAGUACACUGGAAUUAGUGUUUGUUAUGAAGGAGAACAACUUUACGGCCUUGCUAGUCUUUGUCUAUGAACAAUAUUGUAGUAGAGUAUCACUCCUUUACUCCACCUGCAGAACGGGAGUCAACUGAAGCUUCAGAAAUCAUGGAGGAAUGUCAGAAUGGAAUUUCAGUGGAUUUGUUCCUGCAUUGCUCUCUUGUUCCUGCUGUCUGCAUUGUAUUUCUCCUCUCAUUUGUACAGCGCAGAGCGAAGGCUCAGCCUUUUGAGCAUCGCUUUCCAUAUCUCAGGGGUCGAUUUGGCAUUGUGGUGCCAUUGGAUUUCAUAUGCAGUCUAAGCAACCGAUGGUCUUAUGGUUUUGCAUUUGGUGCUAUUGCUCCCAGUGUGAUUCAGCUUUUCUCUGAGUCCUACACACCAUUUACUGUGCCUAACUGGGCUAAAGUUAUUGUGUACGUGGUUGGAGCAAUAGAAGUUGGCGUGGCCUACCUGCCAUUCUUUGCUUGUCUUUCAACACCAAACCGAGUGCUAGGAGGGGUUUUAGGUCUUCUAUACACACUCAUAUGGCUCAUUGUGAGACUGUAUGACACGAUAAGCUGUCCCUCUGGAAAGAUUUUAGGCCGUCACGAGAAAUUGAUCAUCCUAUGGCCGUUCUUCCUGUGUCUGUUUUUCCUGCUGGGACGGUUCAUGUAUAUCAUUGUAAAGGCAGUAAGAAUCCACCUGCAGCUGCAACCUGAUGAGAGUGAGGAGGAUCUACAGUUCCAUCAGUUCCGAUAUGUACAGACUCUACUGAAACGCCCCCCUGAACGGCCAGAAGAAAAGAGUUGGUUCCGUAGAAAAGUGUAUGACUGGGAUCCUCAUUUUAAAUUCCCUAACAGGAUGAUUGGCACAUCCAUUAUCUCUUUGAUUGGCUUGUAUACGAUAACCCUUGCAGACUACAGCUUGAGUGACUACACCUUUGACAAACUAGAUGCUUUAAAGAACUCACUUGCAGAGAUUGCAUCGUCCUGUAAUGAAACAAACAAUGUGUUCACUUCCUUCAUUCCCAGGAUGAAUGAGUUCAGCUUUGUUGCAAGAAGGUCUUGGUUGGCGACAACCAUUUUUUCCACUCUCACAUCUGUUACUUACACUUUGCACGUGCUAGUAUGUUACAGGAAGCAUUUAAAGAGGUUGUGGAGAGGACAGAAAAGUUUUCUUCCAGAGAAGUUCCAUAAACCAAGCCCUGCAGUCAGUGUAGCUGCUAUAACAAGAUAUUCAGGCUGGCAGAUUGCCUUCACUCUGUGGGGGUUUCUGAUAGUUCACUUUGUGCAGUUCCUUUUUGCCUUGCUGUUUGUGUAUGGGGUUGUUCUUCCAAUCCAGAAGGGACACUUUCUUAGCUGGCUUUCUAGUGUAGGCAUUAUUCUGCUGACAAUACUCUUAGUGAUAGCCUUGGUGGUAGUGCAGAUUAUUUUGGUCCAAGUAUUUUUCCUGCAGGACAAACUCUCACCUGAUGACAAAGAAAAGCCCCUUGCACUCAACAACAGAAAAGCGUUCCACUGCUUUAACUACUUUUUCUUCUUCUAUAAUGUGGUUAUGGGGUUGAGCAACUGCAUUUUGCGCCUUUUAAGCAGCUGCAUUGUGGGCACAUGGCUGGUGUCACGCAUUGAUCGGACCAUCAUGCAGCGGGGCUAUGAGUCCAUGGAUCCAGGAUAUAGUACAUGGAUAGGGAUGAUAUUUGCUGAUCAUUACCAUAGCAACCCAGUUAUGGUGUCUUUCUGCCAUCUACUGCUUGGCAGAGCACUGGAGAAACAAGGACCUGCAGUGUCCUCUUAUGCAACCUUUAGCAAUAAAACAGGAGGGGGCAGAGUACGCGUGCGCUGGCUGCUGCUCUACACCCUGCUGAGGAACCCUGCACUCAUCCUGUUGAGAAAGAGAAAAAUGCUGGCGCAGAAUGACAGCCAAGACCCACUCUUCUUAGCCCGAGCAAUCACCUCACAGGCUCAACAAGCAGCUGAACUGGUCAACGACAAAACAGCAGAAACAGAACCAACACAGUCAGAUAUCUGAAAGAGCUGGAGCUCCUGAAAUCGAUUCCUGGAGCACAGAGCAUGGUUUUGUUUCAGCAACUUUGAGGUCAUCUAUAUGCUAUUGCACUUCCGACUAGUUUUUAGGAGAUAGACACUUUGAAAAAUGUUGUCUUUCCUAUUUGAUACAGAGGACCAAAAAGACUGAUGACUCAUCUGCAUUUGUCCAGUAAAAUGUUCUUUAGAAUGAGAAUGCACCUUUUUUCUAAAAAGCAAUUGUGUGCAUCAAUGCAAACAGACUGAAUUUCAUGCUGGAUCAGGAGUGCAGGAGCAGUAUGCAGGUUUAAUGCUUCUUAUGAGCUUCUGAAACAAAUCUGAAUGUUUGAUUUUAAAGUGUUAUUGGUCAAAUAAUAUUUUGUAAUAAAUAAUGUGAAAAAAAA